UUCAUUAGUCUGUGGAAUUGAUCAUUCGGUAAGGUGUUUGAUCCAUUAAAAUAAUUUUUCUACAAAGACUACAUAUACACUUCUUUUAUAUCAAGGCCACCGAGAGUACUUUAAGAUAUAUUUCCACUUUCUCUCUACCACCAAACCUCUCCCACACCACCAUCACCAGAGCUCCGACAUGACCUCAAAAGACUGUGGCUCUCACCACAGCCACUCAUCCUCAUGCAACCGUAAAAUCAUCCGCCGUGUAAUCUGGCCAAUAAUAAUAAUCCUCUUCAUAAUCCUUCUCGUAAUUCUCCUAGUUUGGGCAAUCCUUCAACCAUCAAAACCACGCUUCAUCCUCCAAGACGCCACCGUCUUCAACUUCAACGUCUCCGGCAAUCCACCGAACCUCCUCACCUCAAAUUUCCAAAUGACUCUCUCCUCUCGUAACCCUAACGACAAGAUCGGAAUCUACUACGACCGUCUUGACGUCUACGCUUCUUACCGGAGCCAACAGAUCACUUUUCCGACUUCUAUGCCUACGACUUAUCAAGGACACAAAGAAGUCAACGUUUGGUCUCCUUUCGUCGGUGGAUACUCUGUCCCCGUAGCUCCUUACAACGCCUUGUAUCUCGAUCAGGACCAUACACGUGGCACGAUUAUGUUGGUGCUUCAUCUUGACGGCAGAGUUCGUUGGAAAGUCGGUUCCUUCAUCACCGGAAAAUAUCAUCUCCACGUUAGAUGUCCGGCGUUUAUCAACUUCGGGAAUAGUGCUUCCGGAGUUAUCGUCGGAAAUAACGCCGUUAAGUACACGCUCACCACAACUUGCAGUGUUAGUGUCUGAAAAGCGAAGACUUAGCUUUAACGGUAACGGUGGUAUCAGGUCACGGAUUUUUCAUUAUUAAUUACGUAAUAGAGUUUUAUAAUUUCGUAGCAAUUAAGUUUUUUUAAAAAAAUCAUACGUCAUAUAGAAAUAAUAUCAAGAAUUGCAAUCGGUUGCGUUAUUGUUAUGACGAGCUGUAAAGAGAUUCAAUAGAAAUACAAUAUAGUAAAAGACAAAAACAAAGUUUUAUUUUAUUUCAAUUGGUAACAAUUUAUGAUGGAUCAUUCAACUAAAUAUAGUUUUCUAUAUAGUGAUAUUGUAUCUUCUCUUGUUUCA